GCCACGUCGGUGGAGAAAGCAGCAUGUCUGCCUCUGCGUAACGGGAAAGUGAAAGAAAAAUCCCUGAGCAGCAACAUUUCCGUGGGCUGUUUCGUAUCAGUCUUUCAGCCAAUACAGCGCUGCAUUACGGGGAAACAAACUAGAAGGCAGAUCAUUUUGUUACACAUCUCUUUACCCUGAAACGCUUUCUCGCCAUCUCAAGUAUAUCGCCAUCCUCAAUAGGACCGGGGAUUCAGCUAACCAACUGUUGCCCCUAAUCAGUUCUUCCAAGGGGAUCGUCCGAUCCCCUAGGUCCUGUCUGGUUAAUUAUGGCAAGUCCACGAACAAGAAGGGUAUUGAAUGAUCUUCGGGUCAGAGAUGGGAACAAUGCCUGCUUUGAAUGUGGUGUGUUGAAUCCGCAAUGGGUUUCCGCCACGUAUGGCAUUUGGAUCUGUCUUGAAUGCUCAGGGAAGCAUAGAGGCUUGGGUGUACAUCUUUCCUUUGUGAGAUCUGUGACAAUGGACAAGUGGAAAGACAUUGAAUUGGAAAAAAUGAAAGUUGGUGGAAAUCGCCAGGCAAGGGAGUUCUUUAAAUCUCAAGAAGAUUUUGAUGAGUCACAGCCUAUUGCUGAGAAAUAUAAUACAAGAGCUGCUGCUCUCUAUCGAGACAAGGUCUCAACUCUUGCUGAAGGGAAGUCAUGGAGCAUUGAUACAUCAUCUGCCAGGAACUUUGUGCCUCAUUCAAUACCCAAAACAUGGUCCUCAUGUAGUAUAAAGUCUGAUCCUGGUAUCAGAGAACCUUCUGAGGACUUUGAUUCUUGGAACUUUAAAGAUCCUCGAAUCAAGACUGCAACAGAAGAUUUCUUCUCCAGGAAGCAGUCAGAAAAUUCCAUCCGUCCUGACGACUUGCCCCCCAGUCAAGGAGGAAAGUACUCAGGCUUUGGCUAUUCACGACCACAACCUCCAAAGAGUUCAUCACAAGAAUUUAUUGACUCUGCUUUUUCAUCCCUUGCAUCUGGCUGGUCAGCUAUUACUCUAAAUGCCAGCAAGUUUACUUCAAAGGCUUCAGAGAGUGCUGCUCAAUGGGGAUCACUGGCCACACAGAAGAUGUCAUCCCUUUCUGAAACAGUCAGUCAAAAAGUGAAGGAUGGGACACUUCUAGAAGAUGUAUCUAGUCAAGUCACCAGUCUUGCUUCUAAAGUUGGUGAUAUGAGCAAGAAAGGGCUCAAGGAUGUAUCUUCUAUAUUUGGAGAGACUGGAGAACUAGCAAGUCCAGCAGAGAAAGCUGGUUUGCUGCAGGAAGAUGACCAGGAUUCUAAGGCCAAGAAACUCAGUGGAUGGAAAGAAGAGGACUGGAGUGAUGGUUGGAGUGAAUUGGGUGAGGCUAAAGUCAAUCGAAAGUAUGAGAAGAAACCUAAGCCACUUGAAGGGGAUGUUCUACUUGGAGGAGCCCAACAUCAUGAUGGAGGCAAAAAGCAGUCUGAGCCUGAUGAAUGGGACAUUCUAAAUUCAUGAUUUUGAGGCAUUGAGAACUUAGAUAUGUGAAAUGUUUCCAUGAGUCAUCUCAACUGCCCUUAUAGAAGCAUGGAAUAUCUGUCAAGAGACUAGUUUCAUUUCCUUUGAUGGUCUACUUGAAGUGGUCUGAUGUGAUAUAGCUGACAAGCCUAUCUCAUGCAAGAAUGCAUACUGAUUCUUAAUGAUAAUGAAUCUGUGUGGAUUUUUUUAGCAUGAAUUCAUCAGUGCAUUGCAUGCUCCUAAGAAUCAAAUCAAGAAUUACUUUCAGGUGUCUUUUUUGAAGUUGAUAUAGCUGGAAUUACUGUACUGAAAGAUUGGGAACACUUUCAAGUGAGCAACAUUUAUGAGUCAUUUUGAUGGUUUUGGCUUCAUAUUUGUGUCUUCUUAGUAUUCAUUGAUAGAUGAUUUACCCCUGCAGUGAAAGCCACACUGGGCUAUUGUGAUUUUAUUUUCACUUUUUUAUUUAUUAUGUAUCAUACAGAAGUUUCAACAGUUAUUUUCAUGGGAUGCAGAGCAUUUAUUUUAGUAGAUCUUUCAAACGAAAGGGGCCAAGUAUAACUAUGUUCUGUGGGUGUGUAUGAAUGCUACCACUUUUUUAUGGUAAUAUCUUGAACAAUAUUCCAUUGAUUGUGGUGAAAUUUAACCUGUGUAUACAUACAGGUAUGGGCAAAAUACAGGCUGGGAUUAUUGGCAAAGUUUCAUGCAAGAACAAACAUUUAGCCAGAGAUUUGGAAUUUGACAACUGUUACACCACCUGAUGAGUGAUGUGUCAAAAAGAUGUGGCAGUACACCUCAAUCCUUUACCCUUGUGUGCUCCAUCCCCAGUCACUGUUGUGCCUUGUCAGGACUGUAGUGUUUUUAUUUAGUUUGCCUUGGCUAGAUGGCCAUGCUAACAUUCCACCUUCCAAGUUCCUUCUUCAAGUUAUGACUUUUCAAAGUAGAAUCAUACUGCAAUACACUGCACAUACUGUUAGGCAUGCCUUAUACAUGACAAUGCACAUAGUUUGGCUCCAUUCAGAAGCAAAUUAUAAGAGAUAGAAUUGAUCAGCAAGAAAUUCAAGUGAGCCAUUUUUGAGAUUCCCUUCCUCUUGUGGGAAGUUUAAUGAACAUUGAAUGGUCUGGAGAAAUUCAACCAUCAACAGUUUUCACCAUAUGCUUUGAAAGUGCCGUAAAUUGUACAAUCAUUGAAGAGAAUAUGGUCUGCAAGACAUAACUCUGCCACCAUCGUAAUCAGUGUUUGUUCCAAACUCCUUGUUAGGCAGUUUUCCUACUAUGUGUUCUUGGUGUAAAAACUAUAAUGGUGUACUGGUACUAGUUUUGAGGUAUGGAAAUCUGUCUUGUAAAUAUGUAAUCCUUUUUUUUUUCAAAUAUCUUUGGAAAAUCAUGUCUUCCUACCUCCAAAUUCAAAUGGGUUGUAUUUUAGCUUACCCUGAUGGCACAUCCCCCCUUCCAAAUCUGAAUGAAUGCUUUUGCUUUAAAGAUGCCCUUUGUCCACCAUUAUAAAUGAAAUUGUCACAUUUUUCAGGGAAGGUCUGUUCUUUUAAGGUAACAAUGAGUUGAGGCUGACUCCUUGCAUAUAAAUGCUAUGAGAAAUCA